GGAAGCGUCAAAGCAAUCUGCCGCUACAAAGUGAAAAGCUCCCCAUUCUCGGUCGGCAAAGAGAGAGAGACAGAGUCGGCAGCUGCAGAGUAGCGGCACUGACAGCAGGCACACUUUGCUUCCCCACUGGACUGCAACUCGGAGGACUGAAAUGAAACCUGUGGAUAAUUAAUAUAUAUUUUCAAACAUUGCGCGCAGAGCCCCGGGUGCUUAAUUCCUGAUCAUUUUAACAAACUGACCUCACUCGCUUUUCAUGUGAAGACUUGGAGGCAGCGGGGUGAGGACGGGGGGCUGAAAGAGGACGCGGAAACCUCCCCGGCUGUCUUCCAGAUGCAUUCGCUGCUGGAUCGCAAAAAGGACGCUGGUGCCGAGCUGGGGUUCGCCGAGGUGCAAGCGGGCGGACUGCUGCCCCAAGUCCAAAGGAUGUGGUCGGGUGUGGGCUGCCUCUGGGUCCUGCUCUCCUCUUGCCUGGUAGCGGUGUGCAGCUUCAGCAUAAUCUCGCCCGCCUGGAUCGUCAAGGAGCAAGGCAAGGACUCGGUGAGCUUCGGGCUGCUCUGGCAUUGCUCGGAGGCCGUCUACAACUGUUACACUUUCGGCAGCCUCGGGAGCUUCGCUGACAUCCCCUCGGGGUCCUGGCAGACAAGUGCUGUGCUAUGCUCUGGAGGCUGUGUUCUGCUGGCUACCAGCGCCCUGCUGGCGAUCGUUACCAUCUUCCUGCCGAGCGGUCAGUGUGAGAAGAGGAUCUGCACACUAGCUGGUUACAUGCAGACGACAGCGGUGUUCAUCAUGGCGUCUGGGCUUCUUGUCUAUCCUUUUGGACUGAACUCCGCCAUUGUGCAGAAAUAUUGCGGGGAUUCGAGCAUCUACCACGCGGCAGACUGUCAGAUUGGAUGGGGUUACAUGCUGGGGAUCGUUGGAGUCAUGCUCGCUGUCUUUCUGCCUUUCUUCUCCAAAUAUGCACCAAAAGAAUCCACUUUACCAACUCCAAUACCUGCAAUUUUAUAGUACUUGUUACUAAAAAGGGACAAUUGUACCAUGGUUAUGAAAUAUCCUGUUUUUACACUUUCAGAAAUGAACAGAAGAUAAUGAAAGCACUUCUUUAAGCUAUGAAACAGCUAAAUUCGAUUUGCGACCCAAGUGCAUUAUGUGAAAUGUCUUCCUGAUUUCCUCAAAAUACACAGCAAGCUGCGAAAAUUAGCAAUUUAUGAAAAAAGCUGUCAGGAAAUCAGUUACGAGGAAGUCUUGUGUCCUGUGAGUUACUGUUACACGCUUAUAACUAGACUUUAAACAAUUUUCCUGUCAAUUUCAGUUCAUUUGUAGUUCUCACGAGGAUUGACAGUAGUUUCCAGGAUAAUGGUCAGAUAAAAGAGGGUUCAAUUGGUUGAGGAAUUCCAGUUAUUGUGAACAAAGUAAGAAGAAUGAGAUCAGAGGAGAUAUGCAGUAACAGAAUGACCACACGGUGUGUUCUGCACAACAGAGGCUCAUGCUGAUCAGUACAGGUAUAAAAAACGGAACAGAUUAGAAAAUCGAUAACAACCGUGAUAUUGCACGGUUCUUUCAAUCGGGAUAUUUUCUGUCUGAGCCUCUAAACGUCAAAAACUUUUUAAAAAGUUUUUCAGCUAGAGUAUGGAACUAUCGGGAAAUGCCUUCUCUGGGAGGUCAAAAUUACCGUUAAUAUUUAGUCAGAAUAAAGCCAGAGAGAUUGCAGAUAACUCCAGUUUUAAAGGGACGCUUAUCAAAUAACUAGAGAUCUCGUCAAUCCACAUUAUGUAAGAACAAAAUUUUAGUGAGACACCUCACACUAAAAUCUCUGUCAGAUUGGAGAUAAAAAUUAAACUGUGGACCGAUAAUUCCAUUUAGAAAUGCUUCUGACUGAGAUUGGAAGAUGGCAUCUGUGAUGAGGACCUGCACGCUGCUAAGAUCUCUGAGUACAUUUUACACUCAUGCAGUCCUAUACACUCAAGCCACUAUAUUUACAUUUUAAAUAAAGAACUCCACAUAUCAACUGUCUGUAUGAAGAUACAUCAGAAUAUGCAGAAUAGCCAUAAUGAAAAUUUCAGAGUAAACAUCUGUAUUAAUACAAAAUAAUCUUUAUCUGUCAUUACCUAAUAUAGUGAUCCCCUCUUACCAUAAUGUGUAACUACUUCCUUAUUAACCCUUUCACUGCAUAUAACCAUUGCAAUGCCACCUGCUGUGACCAACCAUCUCAUAAACUCCAAGCUGGUGUUCAGGGACUCUAGAUGCCAAAUGGAAAUUAGCCAAGGAUAUCUCAUUUUCCCUCCAUCUAGGGAGCUCUUACACUUUCUGUAAAUAUUCAGUUGAUGUAAUGACAUUGCUUAUAUAAAAUUACCUUAAACUUCUAUACUUCCACAUAUUAGUUAAACUUCUAUAUUUCCACAUAUUACUUCUGAUUUUAGAUUUAUCAUAUUUCUUUGAGUCGAGUAUGAUAUUCUCCUUCGGGGUUGUCUAUUGUAGAGGCCAAUCACGUAUUGUGGUGCAGCAUUGAGCUAUACAGCGUGGAAGUAGGCUCAUCAUAAACCCAAGACACUCUGCAGUUGCUGGAAAUCCAGAGUAACACACACAAAAUGCUGGAGGAGCUCAGCAGA